CGGGUACACACUCAGUCCACAGCCGUUUGUUGGCCCCGUCGGUCUGCCUGAGCUAUUGCAGUGGGUUCAGUUCGGCUUCGUUGGCCCAAGGUGACGCAUCGUCGAGUGCCCGGUUCUUUGUCCAGUUCCGCUCCGCCUUGUACUUCCUCUCUGGACUGCGGUGUUCUGUUCUGACCAGGCCAACACAUAAUAUUUUUGGCAACACGUGUUGGCCGAUAAUUGCCGGCACAGAGUAUUGUACUCGAGUUCUCUCUCCCCAUUUUUUCGGGGGGAGCAAAGUACACGUCAACGGAGCAGACUGGCGAACCGAGUGGCGAAACAUUCGGGUUCUGUUUCUCAGGAACCGCCGAGUGCUACGACAUCACGAGAUAGUGCCCAAAAGCAUAGCGGUUCCGACUUAGUGAUUCAUUGUACCGCCGCCACUCGACGCAGUCAGCUGCUACGCGAAAAGGAAUCUGAAAUUUAGAUUUUCCUCAGGUUGCUCGGAAAAAACAUGGGCUACGAUGAGGCCAUCAGCCAUGUGGGCGACUUCGGACGCUACCAGAAGAUCAUCUACUUCCUCAUCUGCCUGACCUCCAUUCCAGUGGCCUUUCACAAGUUCGCGGGGGUCUUCCUGCUGGCCAAGCCCGACUUUCGCUGCGAGUUGCCCUACGAGAACGGCAGUGCCACCUAUGAGCUGCCCACCCACCUGUGGAACCUCUCGUUUCCCCGGGGGGAAAGGUGUGCCUACUACGACGUGGAGUACAGCGAGGAGUACCUGAAUGGCAGCAUUGCCAGGAGUAGCAAUGAAACCAAGGCCUGUUCCCGCUACGUCUACGACCAGAGCAAGUACCUCAACAGUGCGGUGACCGAAUGGAACCUGGUUUGUGGCCGCGAUUUCCUGGCAGCCACCAGCGACUCCAUCUUCAUGCUGGGCGUGCUCCUGGGCAGCAUCGUUUUUGGCCAACUGAGUGAUAGGUACGGACGCAAGCCCAUCCUCUUCGCCUCGCUGGUCAUCCAGGUGCUGUUCGGAGUUAUGGCCGGAGUGGCUCCGGAGUACAUUACCUACACAUUUUCCCGCCUGAUGGUGGGGGCCACCACCUCGGGGGUGUUCCUGGUGGCCUAUGUGGUGGCCAUGGAGAUGGUGGGACCCGACAAGCGCCUCUACGCCGGCAUCUUCGUGAUGAUGUUCUUCUCCGUGGGCUUCAUGCUCACAGCGGGCUUUGCCUACUUCGUCCACGACUGGAGAUGGCUGCAGAUUGCCCUGACCUUGCCGGGGAUCAUCUUCUUGUGCUACUACUGGAUCAUUCCGGAGUCUGCCCGCUGGCUGCUCUCCAAGGGUCGCAAGGAUUGCGCCAUUGCCAAUAUGCAAAAGGCGGCGAGAUUCAACAAGGUGGAAAUAAGUGACGAGGCCUUGAGUGACCUGCUGGAUGAGGGAGAAUCUACCGAGGAGAAGGCCAAGCAGAAGCUGGAGGAUCGGGAGGAUGAGGGACCACCGCCCUCCGUCUGGGAUCUCUUCUGCUACCCCAACCUCCGCCGCAAGACGCUGCUCAUCUUCCUGGACUGGCUGGUCACGAGUGGCGUGUACUACGGACUCUCCUGGAACACCAACAACCUGGGUGACAAUGUACUCCUCAAUUUCCUCAUCUCGGGAGCCGUGGAGAUACCAGCCUAUGUAUUCCUCCUCCUCACCCUCAACCGCUGGGGCAGAAGAUCCAUUCUGUGCGGCUGCUUGGUGCUGGCGGGAGUCAGUCUGCUGGCCACGGGCAUUAUUCCGGAGAAGAUGAACACCCUGAUUGUGACCUGCGCCAUGUUGGGCAAACUGGCCAUCACUGCCUCGUAUGGCACCGUCUACAUAUUCUCCGCCGAGCAGUUCCCCACUGUGGUCAGGAAUGUGGCCUUGGGAGCCGCCUCCAUGGUGGCCCGCAUCAGUGGUAUGAUGGCGCCGUACCUCAGUUUUUUGGCCACCAUCUGGCGGCCACUGCCACUCCUCAUCUGUGGAUCCCUCUCCUUGUUGGCGGGACUACUAUCUCUUCUGCUGCCGGAGACGCACAACAAGCCCAUGCUGGAGACCAUUGCGGAUGGCGAGCGGUUCGGUAAGAAGACCAAGGGAGACGUCUACCUGGAGACGGGCCAGGAGCUGCGGCAGACCCCAGAGACGCAGCCCCUGAGGGGAGCAACUGAAGCGAAUGGGCUGAAGACCAAUGGCCACAAGUACUAGGCAAUCUCAAGAACCGAACUCACUUCAACUUUUCCAGAGGUUACAGGGCAUCUAGAACUCGGCCAGGCCAGGGGCGAGGCAUUUACCUACUAAAGCAUAGACCAAGUAUUAUAUCAUUUCUGUAAUCUCACACGCAACCAAAAAAGAGACAAGAGAAAAUAAAAGAUUGGGUAGCAUCAAUAGAUCAUUACCAUGCUAGCAUUUAGCCCUAGGAAAGGGGUAGUUUUCACUUGGACACCCGUGACGCUGCAUAAUUUAUUCCUAAAUCUAUUUAACUUUAACUUACAUGUAUGAAAUCCCUGAACAUGAUUUUGAAAUAAAGUCGAUUUUUCCCAGAGAUUAA